UCCCAAGCUGGUUUUUAAACUAACUGCCAAUUACCUCACACACCACCCUCAGCCUCAGCCAUCCCGCCCAUAAACGUCACCGAUUCAAACGGCAGUCGAGGCAGAGGCAGAGAAAGGGAGAAAAAAGGAGGGAGCCGAGCGGGUCGCACACAAUUCACACCGAGAGAGCUUUAACACCAGACACAGUGACAUCUUGGGGGUCACUCGGCGGUGUUUCGAUUGCAUGAGCAACCGGAGGACUUCAAGAUGUGGAAACAAUUCGGCAAACUCGUACUAUUUCAUUUUCUGCUUUUGGAGCUCCAUUGCGCGAAAGGAAUUCAUACAGAAUCGCAGUGUGAAGCUGGGCAGUUUAAAUGCAACAAUGGAAGGUGCAUCCCAACCCUUUGGAGAUGUGAUGAUGAUGAUGACUGCUCGGACAACAGUGACGAGGAGAACUGUCCAAAGAAGACAUGUGCAACCACAGAUUUUGCCUGCAAGAAUGGACAGUGUGUUCCUGCUAGGUGGCGCUGCGAUGGAGAGCAAGAGUGUGCAGAUGGUUCGGAUGAGGCGGAUGCAAUCUGCAGCCGGCAGACCUGUCCACCAGAGAAGUUUGACUGCGGUGGGACGGCCACCAAGUGCGUCUCAUUGUCGUGGCGAUGUGAUGGAGAAAGAGACUGUGAGAAUGGAGCAGAUGAAGAGCACUGUGCCGCAGAUGCCAACGCAUGCCCGUCCAAGGAUUUUCAGUGCCGUAACGGGAAGUGUAUAGCACCCACCUUUGUAUGUGAUGGUGACGAUGACUGUGGCGAUGCCAGCGAUGAAGAGAAGUGCUCAAAUCCCACCUGCGGCCAGCACGAGUUCCGCUGCAAUGACUCGGAGUGUAUUCCGGCGCUGUGGAGCUGUGACGGGGAUCCUGACUGCAAAGAUAAGUCCGAUGAAUCCAUGGAGCGCUGCAGUAGGAGGACCGAGCCCCAGAAACCACGUUGCAUGGUGAGCGAGUUCCAGUGCGGGAGUGGAGAAUGUGUCCGCAUCAACUGGAAAUGUGAUGGAGAUGCCGACUGCAAGGACAAAUCCGAUGAGACAAACUGUCCCCUGCUUACAUGUCGACCUGAUGAGUUCCAGUGUGGUGAUGGCUCCUGUAUCCAUGGCACCAAACAGUGUAAUAAAGUCCAUGACUGCCCAGACUACAGUGAUGAAGCCGGUUGUGUAAACGUUACAAAGUGUGAAGGCGCUCGACACUUCCGCUGUAAGAAUGGACAAUGUAUUGAGAGCAGCAAGGUGUGUGACAAUGUAAAAGAUUGCAAAGACUGGUCUGAUGAACCCGUGAAAGAGUGUGGCCUGAAUGAAUGUUCAGACAACAAUGGUGGCUGCUCCCACAUCUGCAGGGACCAGAGGAUUGGGUUUUUGUGUGACUGCCCCUCUGGGUACAAACUUCUGGACAAAAAGACUUGUGGCGACAUCGAUGAAUGUGAGAACCCAGAUGCGUGCAGUCAGAUCUGCAUAAACUACAAAGGGGAUUAUAAGUGUGAAUGCUAUGAAGGUUUCGAGAUGGAUCCUGCCUCCAAGAGCUGCAAAGCUGUGGGAAAGAGUCCCUAUUUGAUGUUCACUAACCGACACGAGAUCCGUCGUAUUGAUCUCCUGAAAAGUGAAUAUACGCAAGUCGUUCCUACGCUGAAGAAUGCUGUGGCGCUGGAUGUUGAUGUGGCCACCAAUAAGAUGUUCUGGAGUGAUUUAUAUCAUCGCAAAAUAUACAGUGCUUACAUCAACAAAGCCAAUGACUCUUCACAGCAACUCACGCUCCUCGAGGCGCUCCAUUCUCCCGAGGGCCUGGCUGUUGACUGGGUUCAUAAGAACAUCUACUGGACCGACUCGGGCAACAAGAGCAUCUCUGUGGCCACGGGGGAUGGCAGCAAGAGAAAAAUGCUCAUCGUCACAGAGCUGAGUGAGCCACGGGCCAUCGCGGUCGACCCGCAUCAAGGAUUCAUGUACUGGUCUGACUGGGGAGAUCAGGCCAAGAUAGAAAAAGCUGGGAUGAACGGAGUGGAUCGACAGGUUCUGGUAUCUGAGCACAUUGAAUGGCCCAACGGAAUAACCUUAGAUUUGUCCAAUAGGCGUCUCUACUGGGUGGAUUCCAAGCUGCACCUGCUGUCCAGUGUGGAUUUUAAUGGGGACAACCGCAGGGUGUUACUGUCUUCCCAUCGCCACCUGGGACACCCCUUUGCUCUCACUGUUUUUCAGGAUCGUAUAUACUGGACCGACUUGGAGGAUGAAGCCAUCUACAGCGCCAACCGCCUGACGGGGAACGAUGUGGCUAAAGUAGCAGAGCAUCUCAACAAUCCGCUGGAUCUGGUGGUGUUCCAUGAGCAGAGGCAGCCAAAGGCGCCUGACACCUGUAACAUAGGCAGUCUUCCCAACGGUGGCUGCGAGUACCUUUGUUUAAAGGCACCCCAGAUUACAGACCACUCCCCCAAAUAUACAUGUGCCUGUCCUGAUGGGAUGGAGCUGGGACCAGAUAUGAGGCGUUGUGUCACAGUGAGAACAAGAACAACCACAACAGCAGUUCCGACCACCACCUCUUCGACAACAUCUAUGACAAGUACAACAACAAAAGCCACCCCUGUUCCCAAGACAACAGUCCCAGCCACAACCACCACUACUGCAUCGACCACACUUAUGACCACAACUAGGCAUCUGGCAACAGCCGAACCCCCACAGAAACCCAAGGGGACCUCCACCGAGCUCCUCCGAACACCUGCUUCCACAAGUACACCGACCAGUUCCAGCAGCACCAGCCAGACAUCGCCAUCUACUCACACACCCCUACUGGGCCCACUGGCCCCCAGCAGCAUUCAUAAAGAGAGCAACGGCAACCUGUCACAUCGAGCUGCGGGUGAUCACUACCUCAUAGGCAACAACAUCACAGUAGCUGUCUUGGGGAUAGUCAUUCCUAUCGUCCCUAUCCAUGCCACAGUGGUCAUCGGGCUACUUUGCACCGGCGCCUACCUGGUGUGGCGCAACUGGCGGCGCAAGAACACCAAGAGCAUGAACUUCGACAACCCUGUUUACCGCAAGACCACCGAGGACGACGACGACGAAAUCCAUAUCGGGCGUCACAGCGAGUCCAUCGGUCACGUAUACCCAGCAGUGAGUGGCAGCCAUAGUCAGCCAUUCAUAGCUCUUCCUCUAGGGAGCGGCGUCAGCGACAGCAACUCUCACUGGUACUCCGGGGCGCCGAUGCUCUCCAGUGGCAAAUGAGAAAUGAAACUUCUGGGGAGGAAUUGUUGGUGAAAAAAGAAGCAGACGUGCACAUGCCACACACAUACCAACAGACGCACACAUUGUGUUUUUGCAGUAGGCACCGAAAACGCCGAGCACUUGAAGCCCGACACCAUUUUACCAUUCCUCUAGUGACCAUCAUCAUAGAGACAUCGAUGCAUUUUAUCAAUUACAUCUCUUUUGCCAUCAUACUGUAUCCCGCUUGUUGUACUUUGUGAUUCUUCUAGUUAUAUUUAAGUGUUUCUUCAGAAAAAUCUAAUCAUCUCCUUAUUGUCAAAACCCUACUUUAUCAAAAAGAAAAACAAAAUCAUACACUUACGUAUCAACUGUUUUAAGAAGUUGCUGGGUUUAGUACAGGAGCAAACUGGGAUCCUCAUCAAGACAGCACCAGUGUGAUAACAGUCGAAAAGUCUUAAUAUGGGGGAGAAAAAAAAAAAAACCUGAAGGUCUUAAUGCCAGAAAGCUCCGACCAAUCGUAAUCAACAUUUGCAUGCACAUCUCUACUUGUGUCCACUUCAACCUCUGAAAAUAAAAAAACAAUCACCAACGUUUUGGAUUUUAUAGGCAUUUAGCCUUUUUCUCCCAUAAUGUUCAAAACAGCGAAAAAGCUUGCAGGUGUUUCUUUUACAAAACUACGCCUGAUGGUCACCAAAACUCAUGCCAACCGAUGCCCACAUCAGUCUUUGAAAUCAUCAAAUCAAUCGCCAUGAUAUUUUCGAUUUUAUGGGCAUCAAAGCACGUAUGACACUGAGCUAUGGCGUUUUGCGAGUGUGAGUGCAGUCACAACAUUUUUUUCCUGUUUCAAAGAAAUUUUGAACAUGUCCCAAAUUGGAUGGCGACAAAAACAACUGUUUGGGAAUGGGGAGGGGGGCGGGACACACUGGGUUUUUUUUUUUGGUGAGGAAGCAGCAUUUUAACAUAGCUAAAUGCACAAAAAAGUUGCUUUUGCAUGAUGUGACUCCUUCAAUGACCAUAAAUAUUGAGGCCAUCGUUUUGGUAUUUUCAGCAACUGUUGUGGGCAGAGGUAGAGAUGUCCACAUCGAUUUUGGUAAAGACUGAUAGCGUUCUAACAUUCAACAACAUUAAACUAUUUCUCGAUCGUGAACGUCUAUGGGCAGAAAAAGGGGUUAAUGGUUUAAAAUCCAAAAUAUGGUGGGGAUCAUUUUAAUCUUUUUUAGGUUAAAGUGGGCAUGAGAAGAGAUGUGAAUUUUGCUGAUGAUACAUCAGUUUUCUCACAUUAAGUGAUGUUAUGCUUUUUUUACACGUACAUUAGGUGUUUCAGGCUGUCCCUGAAAAUUAUUCAUGUCACUAAAGACUGCUUGGCUAACUUACGAAGAAGAAGAAUAUUUUGGAUUAUUUUUACAUGUCACAAGACAGCUGACAGGACAGCUCAGGAUUUCAUAUUUGUCGUUGAAACAGUGUCAUGUAAGCUCCAUCUCUUCCUCAUUCAAUGAAAUGGGCAGCAGAAAUCAGAAACAAGAACAAUCCUCCCACCACUAAAAAGAUCUUUGAGUUCAGUUUUAUUUUAAGGGAAUAACGUAUUGUCCUUCUGAUGGCAUUGCUACUGGUGCAAUGUUGUGCCUCGGGGCCAAACGUAUACCAACUCAACAGUCAACGGCGGCCGUGAGUUGCAUUCUCAAAAAAAGGUGGGGACAGAAAUCUCUGUAAGGACAUUCCUUCCCUAUCAUGUGGUGUUGUCAGAGUAGCGGAGCAUGCCGUGAAGGGCAGCCAAAAAGGAAUGUGGGGGAAGGGAGGUAAGCGCUUUGAUCAGUUGGCAUGGCAACACUGAUUUCUUUGUGUCGCUUCAGCAAGGACUCUGGCAAAUAAUUUGGCAUCUGAUGACAGAUAAAUGCACAAAUGAGUUGUUGUUGUUUUUGGUUUGUUUUAAUGUGCACCCAAAAAUAUUUUUGGGCCAGGAGGUGUCACUGAGGGUAACAUUUUUGUUGUCUCGCCAGAUUUUCUCUUCGUCUCAUGUGGCAUCUCAGAGAGCCAGAGAGAGAAAAAGAGAUCAGGCUGGCUUUUUGUGGGCCAAAAAUUUGCAGCCAAAGGCAUGCAGCCUGCAUUCCCUCAUCGAGCCAGAAAAGGGCAAAGAUAAAGGAGGUCAAGUGUCGGAGGGAAAAGUGAAAAUUAUAAAUAAACAGCUGAAGCCGUUGUCUUUUUUUUUUUACGAUUUCAGGUUGUUGUUUUUGUCAUCAUGCUACUGUCUGAUGUUUUUUUUUUCUCCCUUUAACUUUGGUAACAUGUUUUAUCUGCUGUUUUCAGCGAGUGGCACUCAGUCAGGAGGACGAUGGCUAUCCCUGAUGGAGGGAUGCAGCCUCUCGCUUCAUUCCCAACUUGGCCCCUCCUCCCUCCACAUCCAAACCUCCACAAUGAGGCCUGGCUAUGUACAGAGGAGACUCUGCUCCUUUUGCCUCCCUUUUAAGGAGCAGGGAUGAUUCAUACAACCAGUACUGUAUAUCCCAACUUUCUCUUUUCGUGCUCUCACUGCAAUAACAAUAGUAGUUGCUAUUACAUUUAAUCCUAGUGUCUAGUAGCUUAUGCUCCGCCCUUUUCUUCUCUUUCACCACCUCAGGUAGUCCUCGUGAACAUUUACAUGCUCUCUUUUUUUGUCACACUAACCUCACUGAGCUGUCGUCAGUGCCAGAGCAAAUUGACGUGCCAGAGCAAAUUAAUGUUUACUCUGUGUAAAUGUGUUAGCGGUAUCUGCCUCUCUCUCAUUGCACAGCACAAGACAGACUUCCACUCAGUUGAAAUGACGCACAGUAUUUGGCACAAGACAGUUUUUUUUUUUCCUGCUGGGUGCUAUUUUCAAAACCAGACAUGUCUUUGUUGGAAAGGUAUCACUAUUCUCUGUGCUCUCCAGCCCUUCACACACUGUACGGAGGUACCAAGGUGAAAUAUAGUAAGAGGAAUUAGUCCAUUCAUGUGAGAAUGAGUGCGUGCAUGCGUGUUGGUAUGUUGAGGCUGUGGGGUACAGUACUUGAGGCGUGGUUGGGAAUAAUUUGGAAUUGAUUUGAGAAUGGAAGAGUAAGAAAUUAGCUUUUUUUUUUUUUUUUAAGGUGAACAUGAGGAUUUGUGCCACCAGAAGGUCGAGCCUCAAGGCAAAAACCAGCGAGGCAGAAAAGAGCAUUAUGAGUAAUCCUCUGUGUUGGCAUCUGAGGUAUGCACACUGGUAACAAUGAACUUGAGGUUGUUUGUUUGUUCUCACUCGGUGUGUUGUAGACUGUUUGCUUUUCUCUGUUGCUGGUAUCGGAGAUGGGUAAUUUGGACCUGAGGGCAGAUAACAGCAUGAGCAAAUUUUGGAUGAACACAAUUUCAAAUGUGAUAGCCCGAAUGAAUGAAGAACAUUGGAUUGAAAUUAAUGUUGGGGAAAGAUUUUGUAUUUUAUGAAGCCCAAAAGAUGCAUCUACCGAUCCUUAUGCUUCAUUAAUUGUCCGUAGGAGGAAAAGGAUGAUG